GUCUAUUGGCUGGUUUGUCGGUGGUUUAGAACUCGCCUCUCGUUGAUCUGCAUUCGUCGCAACUUCGACCUUCGACCUCAUGGUGUUGUACAAGCAGGUGAUUCUGACCAACUUGAAGAGUUCCCCGGCCGACACGGCCAAGGCUUUCAAGGAGCUGGCCACUUUCAUUCUGUCCAAGGGUGGCGUGGUGCGAGAUGUGUCGCAUCGCGGCCACCGAACGCUCGGAUAUGCCAUCGAUGACCGUCGGUGGGGCGGGACGUUUGAACGCCACCGCGAGGCCAAGCUGUUGGUCAAGACGUUCGAGACUAGCCCGAAGACGUUGAAGGAGCUGGAAGCCAUGAUGAAGUUGAGCUACCCGAUUCUGCGAUUCUCGACGUUCAAGGUGCAAAAGGAUCCGUUGCGAGAAGUAAUCAAAGCGUCUGCCACGGCUUCCGCCGAACAACCAGACGCCCCGUUCAACUGGAAGGAAUUCAAGUCGACCCUCGAUGAAAACACCAAGGUCUUUGAAGAAGAGUACGUGGUGGAAGUCGACGACGAGGUGGCCGACGACGCCCGCGUGCCGUCCGAAUUCGACUUGAUGUCCCAGGAAGACAAGGACGACCUGGCCGACUGGCUGGUGCAAAAGACACACCCUGAACAAGUAGCGCUCCAGAAGAACACGGACGACGAGUUCAACUUGUACGAGAACAAGACCAACGACGACGACGCCGAUGCCGCCGAGUUCGACGACAAGGCUGACGAGGCGUUAUGGGCGGAAGAGGACGGCUACGGCUUUGAGCCGACGGCCGAAGACGUGCCCGACUGGAAGCGCGACUCGUCGUAUGAACCCGAACGACCCAGCGUCAAGGCUGCCGACGACGACGACGACGACGAGUACUCGAGGCCCGCAUCCAAAAAAUAGACUACAUUGUGGCAAUGUAAAACACACACUCUAUCAAUCGCCCUUCACACUUGGA